AUGGCACAUUCAAAUGCUGCUGAGCUUGCCAAGGCUGUUCCCGAAUGCGUGAGCGGGUGCUUCAACAUUGGUGUUGCUGCAACUGGCUGUGGAGAGGACGACUUUGACUGCUGGUGUUACGAUAAGAAUCAUGAGACUAUCGUCGACACAAUGAGCGAAUGUCUGGGUAACCGCGAGAGGAAAUUGAAAGAAUCAUGCAGUAAAGAUGAAAUGUUUCAGAUGGAGAAUAGCUACUGGAAGAUCUGCGAACAGUACUGGGAAACCUAUGGGACUGCUACCGAGCCAACGACGAAAUCAACAUCAGUUCCAAAGUCGUCGUUGACUUCAUCGCGAGUCUCAUCAAUCACCUCCACUGCCGAACUACCACAGGAUACCACGAAGCAAUCCGAAAGCGAAAAUUCAGAUACUUCAAGAGACGCGGACGCUGCAUCUACUAAAACUAGAGGACUAUCAAUAGGAGCACAGGCGGGAAUCGGCAUCGGCAUCACAUUGGGGGCAAUUCUGAUCGCCGUCGCUAUCUCACUGUGGCUAGGAGAGAGGAAGCGACGACAGAAGCUUCAAGAUGAACUCCAAAACGCUAAAAAGCGAAAAUUUUCGGACGAUGGUUUCUUGAUAUACGAGAGAGAAGGAGUUUACGAAAUGGAGGGUGACCUACAACAUUGCGCCGAGUUACGCGGAUGCAUGAGAACACCAGAGCUACCGGCUCCGACUUGGAGGAGGAGAGGCGAAGAUCAAACCCAUCUUCUGAAAGCUCUGCAUGGCCGCAGCCGUUGGCAAUUCGUUCGUGUAAGAGACCCGAGAAAGGGGCACGCCCCAUGUCAUGGGUUCGCGGAGCGUCCAGAGGGCAUCUCAAUGUGA